AGGGAACUAGUCAUUGACCAAAAAGUCCCUUAUCGUUGGAUGUAUAAUUUGGCAAACAACGCAAGGGCGGCAUUAGCUCGGAAUUGGAAAAUGCAAAGCAAAGCCACUCUCUCAUGUUUUAAGGAGUGGAGUAGCGAGUGAUGUCGCAAGCUGUUCAUCUCAUGUCUAACAACUUCCCAGGUUGCGGGUCAUUAGAAGGAAGAUGUCUCCCAUGCUUGGGUGUUUCUGGAAGAAUGGUGGCAGUGUCUUCCUGCUCGUCUCGUGGUGAUCUCAGAAUUUUUUCACAGGUCAAGGUUGGAGUUUUGAAAUGUGCUGCCAAAGGAACAUCAUUUGUGAGCAAGGCUGGUUCUGGGGCUUAUAGGAGAAAUCCUGACAUCAGGCAAAAUAGAAAUGGAUUCCGAGGCAGGAACAGGCAAAAUGAAGAGAGGGAUAAUUUCGAUGAUGAAUCUGAGUUAUUAUCUUCAAAAAAUGGGCCAUUACUCUCCCUCUCCAGUUCCCCAAAAUUCCAAGCAACCUCAGCCCCAGGACCAAGAGAGAAGGAAAUUGUUGAACUAUUCAGAAAGGUCCAGUCUCAGCUUCGAGAAAGAGCAGCAGCUAAGGAAGACAAGAAGAUUGAAGUGACACAGGGACAACGGAAAGAGAGUGAAACAGUAGAUUCUCUCCUCAAGUUGUUGAGGAAACACUCACUUGAGCAAGGUAAGAGGAAAAGCAGCAGUGGCAACACCAAAGAUUUUGUUUUGGACAAGACUGAACAGAAUGCUGUUUACGUUGAGAACAAAAGCACAAGCUUCUUUGAUUCAAGUAGUGGAGUGGGGGCCGAAGCCCGAGAACCUAAGGAACCUAAUGCCUCUUCUUUAACAAGGCCAGCAUCAAAUUUCAGACGCAGGUCUCCGGUUACUCAAUUCAAAUACCAGCCCAUUUAUCCCAGUGAGGAAACUAUGAGUUCUGUCUCACAAUUAGAUUCUAGUGGGAAGAGGAAGAACAGUGCAGUUGAGAUAAGUACUGACUCCAGACAUCAGACUGAACCAGAACUUGAGCUAGAGUCAGAGUCAGAGCAUGAUGCCAGCUUUGUGGAUGGGGAUGUCUAUGUUGAGUUAUCUGACAGUGAACCAAAUAUUCUAAUUGGCAAUGUGUAUGAUGAGGUGUCAGACAAUGAGUCCGAUGUUGUAGAAGACAGUGUAUAUGAGGCAUUAGAGGGUGAGUCUUUAGAUAUUGAUAAUGCUGAUAAUAAUGAACAUGGAGAGAAAGAGGAGGAUAUAGAACAUCCCGAAUUGAGUGCAUUGAAGCUCCCUGAACUAAGGGCAAUUGCCAAGUCUCGCGGUGUGAAAGGGUUUUCGAAGAUGAAGAAAGGCAAGCUGGUGGAGUUGUUAAGUGGUAGCUUAAUCUGAUCAGUAAUCAAGACUUUUAAAAUUAAAAAAAAAAAAACAAAAAAGGGCGAAAGACCACUUACAAUUUUGAGACUAGUUGUGAGAUUGUCCUUUUUGAUUUCUUAUAGUUUACUUUUGUUGUCUUUCUUUCAGUUGAUUGCUUCUAUGUAAUGUUUUGGCCCUUCAACAUCUUUUUCCAAACUUGGUCGUACUGAAUCAACAGGGGUAGUAAUUUAAGCUGGUCUCUGCUAUUCUUUAGCCAUUU